AUGUCUACGGUUUCUGAGGGCCAGUUCCAGCAUGGAAAUGCGAGCUUCUACUCUAAGACAUGGACGCCGGUUGGUCCGAUCAAGGCCAAGUUGAUCUUCGUGCAUGGCUUUAGCGAACACAUCAACCGCUACAACGAGUUUUUCCCAAAGCUUGCCGAAAAGGGCAUUCAGGUAUUUGGCUGGGAUCAGCGCGGUUGGGGACGUAGUGUGGUCGUUCCUGCGCAGAAGGGCCUCACUGGACCAACCUCCCAAGUCAUUGCCGAUGUUGCUGCCUUCUUGAAGGACAAGCUUCCUGCCAAGGACGAUGGCUCGGCGCCGCCGCUUUUCGUCAUGGGUCACUCUAUGGGCGGCGGUGAGGUGUUGACCCUUGCGGGGGAUUCGCAAUAUGCCGAAAUUGUUGGUCAAGUCCGGGGAUGGCUUCUCGAAUGUCCCUUUGUGGGAUUCCCGGCAGGGGAGGAGCCCAGUAUUCUCAAGGUAUUUGCCGGCCGCCUCGUAGGCCGGCUUCUUCCCAAGCAGCAGUUGAAACACGUGGUGCCACCAGAGUACCUUAGUAGGGACGAAGCCGUUGUUCAGUCAGUUCGGGAUGACCCUCUUUGCCACAACACGGGAACUCUUGAAGGUCUGGCGUCCCUCCUCGAUCGGACAGCUCUGCUAUCAUCUGGUCGAGUUCGGCUUGGCAAGCACGUCAGGAGCGUGCUCUUAACCCACGGGACGGAAGAUCGGGCGUGCAGCUAUGACGCUGCGGUUCGAUUCCUGACACAGCAAGAUGGCGUCGACGACAAAACUACAAAGUCAUAUGACGGAGCAUAUCACCAGCUCCACGCGGACCACUGCAAGGAUGAGUUUACGAAUGACGUUGUCGAAUGGGUCUUGGAACGAUGUCCCCCAUCCCCGGCGGCCGCUGAGCCUCGUGAAGCAAAGCUCUAG